AUGGAGGUGAGGAUGAGGAACUGCAAAGCUAAUAGCCACAGCCUUCCGGCCCUUCCAGUCGAGGUCAAGGAGGAUAUUCUUUCACGGCUUCCGGUCAAAUCCUUAUGCCGAUUCAGAUGUGUUUCAAAAUCAUGGCAUUCUCUAAUUUACGGCCCCAAAUUUGUCAAACUGCACCGUGAUAAAACUUUUCAGAAUGAGCAUGUAUUCCGCCAAAGACAAAGAGUCAUCUAUACCGGUCACAACCAAACGAUCCUCCCAAAACAUGGGAACACUUGGCCAUUUUCCCUUUACUCUUUUGAUCUCAAUUCGAAUAUUGAAACUCUGAAUGAACAUGAUAUUGUACCCACAAAGCUCGACUGGGUUUUCAGUGAAUUGAAACAUUUUGAAAUCAGCUGGGCGUCUCACUGCAAUGGCUUGUUGCUUUGCAAAUUACAUGGACAAUUGUUGAACGGAAAAUACAUGGAGUCUCUAUUAUAUAUGCUUAACCCUGCAACCAGGAAAUCAAAGGAGUUACCUCCGCCACCAGAUCUUACAACGAGGCCUCUUCGGCCUCUUCUUUAUGGGUUCGGAUUUGAUCACUCCAUUGAUGAUUACAUAGCAGUACAUGGAAAAGUGUAUAGACAUAAUGGUCACCUUGUUACUCUAUUUAGUGUCUACACCUUAAAAACUGGUCAUUGGCGAGUGAUUGAGAAGCAAUUUCCCUAUAGUUAUUCUCGUUGUUGUUCAAGUCAUGGUGGUAUCUUGUUGAAUGGUAGCUUUCACUGGUUGAUGUUCAACAAUCCCCCAUUUCAAGGAGGGCCAACGAUGCUCGUAUCUCUCCAUUUAGCAGAGGAGGAGAUUCGUGAAAUUCCAUUGCCGGAAUCAUUUCCAAGCUACUUAAAUCUCGGGGUCUUCAGGGAAGAGAGGCUGUUUAUAACAGUGAAUACACCAGGACUGUGUAAUCACAUCUGGGUCAUGAUGGAGUAUGGAAACGUAGAGUCUUGGACUAAAGUUAAUGUGAGGGUCUCCAUUCCGAACUACUUAUCAAGGUUUUGUAACUGGGACCAAUCUUGGGAUUUGGGAGUGCGGGAAGAAAUGCUAUCACUUUACAAUAGAAAUGAAAAUUGCCAUCUCAUGCAAGCAAUCCGUGGAACUGGCAAAGUUGAAAGUGUUGGAGUUUACUUGGAGAGCCUUGCUUCGCUUAAUGAUGGAGAAGCUGAUCUACUUCUUCAAGAGCCUAGCAAUGGCAGACGCAGACAAUUAUGUAGAUGGGGGGCAAACAGAAAGAGAAGGUUAACCAUUCCAGUAAACAACAUAAAACCCCAGUCCUAG